AUGUCGAUCCAAAAGGAAUACAAAUUCACCCGCUCUACCCUUCCUCUCCCAUACGAUCUCCUACACAUCCUCCUCCAAAACCUUCUCUCAACCUCAUCAUUCAGUACGCUUUCAACCCUCGCUAGAUUAUCCAAAGACUAUUAUUCACUCAUCAUUCCACUCAUUUACAAACACGUUCAUAUCACUUCGGAUGAACAGUUACAGUCAUUUUUGACUAUUCCUCUGACCAAACGAGAAGAGAACGAUAAGAAAAAAAGGAAGAUAGUCAACACCGUUUUACUCAAAGGUAAAUCUAGAUCUAGAUCAAACUCGUUGGAAGAUAGUUCGAACUGGAGCAGAAAAAUACAAUGUUUAUCACUUUGUGAAUCUUUGACAUUGGAUGUUUAUCCUUCAAGAACGAGUUUCAAAAUUGCGUCAAAACUUCCUCAACCACUUCAAACUCCCCUUCUCACUUUCACUCCGAAAUCCCUUGAGAACCUCAGAGAGAAGUUGAGUAGAUCUGGUGCACCUAGGAUAUUAGUUUCUUUCUGGUCUCAACAUCUUCCUACCCUCAUACGACCCAGGAAAGUUGUUGUGGAUUAUUCGACACUGAGUUUCAAUUCGGACGAAAAUGUAGAAGGAGAAGGAGAAGGGGAUGGGAAUGAGGGGAAAUGGGCAGAUACGAUGAGUGGGAUGAGUAUCUCCUUACAAUCGUGGACUUGCGCUGAAGGGUUGGAGAUGGUUGAGUUGAAAGGCGACAAGUGGAUGGGUGUGUUGCCCUCGCCUGGAGUAGGCGUGAGGAUGGUACAUACUACUACUAGUACUCCUUCUAGCUCCUCAGCCGAGACACUGAAUGAAGAAGAUGAAGAAGAACAGUUAGUAACGGUAAAUGAAACGAUCCUCAAUGCCCCUCCAAAUUCCAACGAACCUAAUCCAGCGACAUUGGAAUCAAUCGAAAAUCGAAACAAACUGAUCUCCACAAGAGUCCAAAGUAUUUUAAUGGGACUAAGAACCUCUCAAGCAUUAUAUGAAACUUACAAUUCCCCUUUACCACUCAAAUGGGAUGUCGUAGAUGUGUUACCUCCGCCCAUCGGAUUCGAGGAGAUGGAUCAGGAAGAGAGGUAUAUGGAUUACCAGAGGGAAAAGCGGAAGGUAUUAGAUGAGAUCGUGAGUGGGCUGGAUGACGUUGCGUCGACUAUUACGCAGAGAUAUGGUAGGAUUGGAGGGAAUGGUAGAAGGGAAUUGACUUGUUUGAAUUGGGUGGAUCAACCAGUUGUAUAA